GUGAGAAAUCACACAAUGUCUGGAAACAAUUCUGGUAUAGAAAGGCUCACUCCAUCUAAUGGUAACUUAGUAUCCUGGGAGGAAAAGGAGAAAGUGAGUGAGGAAACACCAGCUCAAUGUAAACGCAGGAGACUAUAUCAGGAUUACUCAAACUGUUGUAACAAUGGAGAUGAGUUUAACAUCCAAGAUAUGGAGCACACAGGAGACUAUUACAUCCAGUCUCAGCAGCUCCAGGCCGCCAAUGCUCACUCUCUCCUGGAACAUAUCUCCAAACUGGACAUAGACUCUGAACCACAUGAAGUCAGAAAAUCUGGUAUCAUCUGUACCAUAGGCCCUGCCUGUCGGGAAGUUGCUGUUCUACAGAAAAUGAUCCAUGAAGGAAUGAACAUUGCACGUCUGAAUUUCUCACACGGAACACAUGAGUACCAUGAAGGAACUAUCAAGAACAUUCGUACAGCCAUUGAGGGUUUUUCCAACCGCCGCCCAGUCGCCAUUGCCCUGGACACUAAGGGACCAGAAAUCAGGACAGGGUUACUGGAAGGGGGAGCAUCAGCAGAGGUGACCCUCAGUGCAGGAGCAACUAUUAAGAUAACCACAGAUGACCAGUUCAAAGAGAAAUGUUCCAAGGAUGUGCUCUGGGUCGACUACAAAAACAUCACCAAGGUCAUGAAGGUCAAGGACAGGAUAUUUAUUGAUGAUGGACUCAUUUCAGCAGUAGUACAGGAAGUAGGCAGUGAUUACCUGAUCUGUAAGAUAGAAAAUGGAGGAGACCUUGGCAGUAAGAAGGGCUGUAAUCUCCCUGGAAUUGCUGUAGAUCUGCCAGCUGUCUCUGAAAAGGACAAAGCUGAUCUUCGUUUCGGUGUUGAACAAGGUGUGGACAUGGUAUUCGCCUCCUUCAUCAGGAGUGGUCAACACAUCACAGACAUCCGUAACGUCCUCGGUUCAGAAGGCAAAAAUAUUAAAAUCAUUGCCAAGAUCGAGAACCACGAGGGAGUGAAAAGAUUUGAUGAGAUCUUAAAUGAAACAGACGGAGUGAUGGUUGCUCGCGGUGAUCUCGGAAUCGAGAUUCCUGCUGAAAAAGUCUUCCUGGCUCAGAAGAUGAUGAUCAGUCGCUGUAACCGCCAGGGCAAACCAGUGAUCUGUGCCACACAGAUGCUUGAAAGUAUGGUGAAGAAGCCCCGUCCCACGAGGGCCGAGUCCAGUGAUGUCGCUAAUGCCGUUCUGGAUGGUGCUGACUGUGUUAUGUUAUCAGGGGAGACUGCCAAGGGAGACUACCCACUUGAAUCUGUUAAGAUGAUGCAUAAGAUCUGUCGGGAGGCUGAGUCAGCGGUCUACACCAGUCAGUACUUCGAGGAGAUCCGUCAGGAUACUGCCCUCCCUAUUGAGGUCACACACACUGUAGCCAUUGCAGCUGUGGAGGCUUCCUUCAAGUGUAUGGCUGCAGCCAUCAUUGUCAUAACAACUACUGGACGAUCUGCUCAGCUGAUUUCUAAGUACCGCCCCCGCUGUCCAAUCCUGGCCAUCACACGUCAGGCCCAGACUGCACGUCAAUGUCACUUAUACCGCGGAGUGUUCCCCAUACAUUACGCAGUGUAUCCGGAUGAGUUAGAGUUUCCGUCCGAUACUCCAGAACCUGUCCUGUCUGAAUGGACCGCUGAUGUUGAUCGCCGUAUCUACAAGGGUAUUGAUGUUAGCAUGAAACGUGGAUUCGUUAAGGUCGGCGAUCCCAUCGUUAUAGUGACAGGAUGGAAACCAGGCUCCGGAUCAACAAACACGAUGCGGAUCAUCAACGCUGUGGAGACAGCCAAAAGGGAUCAGUUGGACCCCAUCACUGGCGUCACAAGCGUACCAAGUUUUUCUGACAAAGACGAAAAGAAUUAGUGACACAGAUUGUAUCGAGGAGCAUUUUGAUUUUCUUAGCUGGUAAUACUUUUGCAUUGUGCCCCACACGGGAUGUGUUUAUGGUGAUUUUGUGUAAAAGUCUUUUUUUUUUUUUGUAUUAAGAUAUUAUAACAGAGAUGUAGACAUCUAUACAUUCCAGUGUAUAUGUUGUGUACAGAAUCGCUCCAAUCUCUGGUAGAAAGAUAUGACUGAAAAAAUUAUUCACUUUGUCAUACUGAGAAGGAGAUAAGAGGUUGGCUUUUAAUGUGACUAUAUAUAGAUAAUUAUGGAUUUCCUGGCAAUAUAGUGUUUCAUGCUGAUGGUUUAUGCCUCCUCCUAAAAGUAUUUGUGGUUCCCACCAGAUCAAAGCAUAACCAAGACCAUCUUGGGUAGAGGGGAUUCUCUGGGUCUGAGGUAAAAGCCUUGGUACUUAUUUAUUGUAUAGAAGUUCAGUUUUGAUUGUGAAGUCCUCUGUGGUGAGACAUGUAGCUGCAGUAUUUUUCACUGCAAUAGAAGGCUUUUUUUUACACAGAUAUUUGUAAGUGUGGGAUGAGUUAUAGUAUGUCUCCUUCAUCUGUCAGGUGACCACCGAGAGUAAGGGGAGAUAAUUCUAAUAGACCUGAAGUGUUCUGUCUGUUUCUUGUUCACUUCUUUAUUAUCGAUUACUGUGUCAUGGAAUUUUUGUGAGAACUAAUCUGAUGAAAUGACUGUAAGGACUGACAGUCUCAGGUGUAUGGUAAUACAUUUGGACACAGCAGGGUAAUGGUCUUGAGCUGGUCUCCUUAGCAGUGAUAGGGGCUGUAUGUUAAUUAUGUGGACACAUUAGAUUGUCAAUGCUUUAGAAGUAACAUUUUAAGUCUAAGUUCAUAUCAACCUGCAAAUAGCUAUACAGGUCUCAAAAAGCUUUGUCAAGACUUAUUGAAAAGUAGAAUAAAGUCUAUAGGUCUGUCCUUGAUACAGAGACAACCCUGGUCCAAAUAGGCAGAUAAAACAAUCCAACUUAAAUGUGAGAAUCUGGAAAAAUAUUGAUACAGAAUAUUAAUGUAUCCAAGAAAUAAACUACAAUGCUCUAUAAAUGACUUCAGAUGCAUUAGACUCGAGACUGAGCUUGAAUACACACUGUUUUUAACAUUAUUAACAAUUGAGACAUAAAGCUGUUUCUGACAGAAAGUAUUUUAAAAGCAACAACAUGUUGCGUGAUUUGAUGAAACUUUCUGUCUAGUGAUUUAAAUUACGUCAGAUAUAAAUAUUUGUUAUUUAAUUUUAGACCAUAUUGUUACUGGAUACUGGAUGAUAAUGGUGAUAUUUUUGUCUAACACUUUUACUCAGUAUAUUUUUUUUGUCCGGAAUGUAGUCACAGAAAUAAUUUUCACAUGUUUUGUGUCUAAAUAACUCGAGAGCUGUAUUUAAUUUAUAAACAGAGAAAAAGGAAAGAGUAAUUUGCAUUUUACUUGAAUAUUAGAUUGAGUUUCUGAAGAUAAAAUUUAUUGAUAUUAUGAUGGUAACAUAUCAGCCCUAAUUGUACAUGUGAUAUUGUUGUAUGGUCUCUUACAUCCUUAGAACCACAAACAAAUUAGCAUUUACUUAUAUCUGUAUUAAACUUUUAUAACAAACUCACUUGAAACAAGUUGAUUUUUUCUCUCCUUUGUAUCAAAAUUGAUAAUAAUAAAUAAUAUUGAUAACACAAGUUAGCUUGUUAAGAACUGCUAUUUCCCCUAAAACUCCUAGUGAAUCUGUAAUUAAGUUCAGACCAGAAAUAGCAUUAAUCAAGUGACUACAGUGGUAUGUUGAAACUGUAUAUAUGACUAUAGUAUAUCAAGCCAUUAUAUAUGUAUCGGUUAUGACCAUCAAGAGUUGACAAGUCUGUGAUGUAAAAAUUACAUGGACAGCCCAUCAAAAUGAAACUGGCCUGUAGAUCCGAUACAUGCGUGAUGUGUAUGUUUGUUUCGAUAAAUGCUCCCAUCAGCAUUUCAUUGAUGUGUGACAGACAUAACAUUACCCGUUGUUAUAAACUUAACAGAUGAAAUAUCUUGGCAAAUUAUUGUUUCAUCUUCUCUAUUUCAGUGUUUAAAGGAACAAAAUCUGAAGGCACAACACUGCUCUUACAAAUUAUUGAAAUCUGGCAGUGGGUGUUUUAAUGAGAAAGUGAUGUACCUUUCUGUCUGAACAGACAAGCUGUUAGAAGUGCUAAUUGUGUGCAUUAUUUGUUGAUUAAGUGCUAUAAUUACAGAUAUUUUAUUUCGUUAGCUUGUAAAGCACAUACAGAUGCCAUAUUUAUUUAUAUAAAUUAUAUUACUAGGAUGUUUAGGCGCCAUCUCAAGUUCUGCGAGCAUUUUUCAGACUAGUUAUCUCCCUUAUAUAGUCUUUGCUUGCCAUGUAUUCGAGAUGACUGAUUAUUUAUUUGUGUUAAUGACAGUCUCCCCGUUUCUUCUGUACUGUAUAGUUAUUGAUGUUUAUUAUGAGAGUAUGUUUAACAUUGUUACCUUUCUCCACACUACGUUACCCUUGUCUCGUUAAUCUCACCCCGAGUUGUUGCCUCAAGAGAUAGAACAGCUAUGGAAAUGAAACAUUUUGUUUCACUGUAAAAAAAUAAAAGUAUAAAUGAA